UCUGCCCUGAGUAUAUUGUGGUUUUCAAGCUUCCUGCUAAAUCUAAAGAGUUAUUAUUUGGAAAAGAAAGUGCAUCCAAUGAAACUGGGGUCACAUGUGGACCUUCGCCUGUGUCGAAGGAAGGAAAUGAUAAUUCGUUUGUAAUACCAGCUAACCAAUCCCAAGGCAAGGACCAAGAGUUUGGUAGAGUCCCUAAGCCAACUUCUCCUUGGAUGCCUUUUUCAAUGCUGUUUGCUGCAAUUUCAACCAAAGUUCCUGCUAAAGAUGUGGAUCUUGUCAAUAAAUAUUAUGAAGAAUUCAAGAGAAGAAAAAUAAACAGACUUGAACUUGUUAAGAGGUUGAGGCAUAUCAUUGGAGAUAAACUACUGAUAUCUACCAUAGCGAGGCUUCAAUACAAGGUGAUUUAUUAUUAUUAUUGUCAUUAUUAUUAUUAUAUUGUUGUUGUUGUUGUUCGGAUAAUCUAAAGAGCUAUCAUUUCACUCUUUGCUUCACUGCUUCUGUUCCAAUUUGCAAUAUCAUGGGAGGUGUCAUCGACAUCAUCUUUUAAUUGUGUUAAUUUCAUUAUUUAGUAAUUAUUGAU